AUGGAAAAACUACACAAUGUUACAGAAUUUGUUAUGCUGGGACUCUCCCAGAAGCCAGAGGUGCAGAGGCUUCUCUUUGUGGUCUUCUUGGUAAUCUACGUGGUCACAGUUUCUGGAAACAUCCUCAUUGUGCUCACCAUCACCAUCAGCUCUACCCUGGCUUCCCCAAUGCAUUUUUUCCUUUCCAAUCUAUCCUUUAUUGACACCUGCUAUUCUUCUUCCUUGGCCCCUAAACUCAUUGCAGACUCCUUGUAUGAAAGGACAACUAUCUCUUAUGAAGACUGCAUGUCCCAGCUGUUUGGGGCUCAUUUCCUGGGAGGUGUGGAAAUUAUUCUGCUCACAGUGAUGGCCUAUGACCGCUAUGUGGCCAUCUGCAAGCCCCUGCACUACACCACCAUCAUGACCAGACACCUCUGUGCCAUGCUCGUGGCUGUGGCUUGGCUGGGGGGCUUCCUGCAUUCAUCCAUUCAGCUCCUUCUGAUCUUUCAGUUACCUUUCUGUGGGCCCAAUGUGAUCAAUCACUUUGUGUGUGACUUGUACCCUUUGCUGGAGCUGGCCUGCACCAACACAUAUGUCAUUGGCCUGCUGGUGGUGGCUAACAGUGGUGUGAUCUGCCUGUUGAACUUCCUCAUGCUAGCUGCCUCGUACAUUGUCAUCCUGCGCUCACUGAGGUCCCACAGUGCAGAGGGGAGAUGCAAAGCCCUGUCCACCUGUGGUGCCCACUUCACCACAGUCACCUAGUUCUUUGUACCUUGCAUAUUUAGUUACAUGUGUUCAACAACUACUUUAUCAAUAGAUAAAAGCAUGGCAGUAUUUUAUGGUAUUCUGACACCUAUGUUGAAUCCACUCAUUUAUACUCUGAGAAAUGAAGAGGUAAAAAAUGCCACGAGAAAACUUUUUCAGAAGAAACUUACUUUUGGUAACCUUAUUAAAAAUAGAAAAUUUAAAAUCACAGUCUGGACAGGAGAAAAGCAGCCUCGCUUCCCGCUUCCCAGCCCUCAGAACUUGAUCUUCUCAAGACUGACAGCCUUUCAGCCGGUCAGGCCUCGGCAGUACUUCUGGCGGUCAGACACUCAAGCCGGGGCUUCGGGCAGCACUCUUCUCGCCGAGCCCCACUCGACAACCAGGCCGCCUGCCCCCUCAUUUGUUGGAGAGCCUUACUUGGGUUUGCACCCCCCUAGACAAAAAUCAGGAAAGAUCUAA